GAUGUCACGAUGAAGGACGACAAGGACGGCUCCCUCCAGAACUUCACGCAGGGCCGCAAGGUCUGCGUCAGGUGCUACACGUUCUGCCAGAACUGCAUGCCUGGGAUCCCACGUCCAGAGUCCAUCGACAUGGUGCGACGUGACGACCGCGACGAUGUCAGGACAGCUUUGGGCAACUUCGACAACGAUCAGAAGGUCAGCGAGAUGGAUACAAACGCGCUUCAAGGGUAUCACGAAGACUACCGUGGAGCUGAACUUUAUGUGAAGCACAUCGCAACGAUGGGGAGGGAGGUGAUGAAGGAGUAUGGCAAGGCUCCCAACACCCUCGGUCUGAAGCCCUUCGAGCUGGGAGAGACAUUUGGCAACGAACCGAUCUACCUGGUGAAACGCUGUCCUGAGCUGGAGGGGAAGUACCCUGUCAUCAAGCUCUAUUUGAAGAGCGGACACCUGGUGAAAGAAUCUCCAUUCAAAGGACCUCAGUACGCUCUCUUCGAAGGGCACGGCCAUCGUUUGCUGGGCGGCCUCGGACGGAAGACGAGGACGGACACAUAUGGAAACAGCGCAAGUUGUCGAUUGAAUGCCUUGGCGGCCAACAUGGUGUCUCACUCCGGGAUCUUGGACAAGGUCGACAAGUUGAAAGCGAAGGCUUCUGCGAGGAGGGCUCCUGGCAAGGGCGCGGGCGACAGGGGCAUCUACGAGGACGAGGGGGCUUGCGGAGACGACGGCGACACCGAGGUGGAGGAGGAUCUUUGCAGCGAUUUGGAUGGCGUCAGCGGCGGCGGUGCAGCGCCCAGCGCGGCUGCCUCUGUGGCGUCGGGAGGUCUAUGCAACACGCCGUCCACCGUAACGAAGCGGAGUCGAGAUCUGGAGUCUCUGGCAAUUAGGUCUGAUAAGAAGCAGAAGUUAGAGGAGGAGGUUGAGGGCAAUCCGCAUGCAGUGGGCACCUACCAGUACUGGGUUCACGAGCUCAAGUUCGAGAAAGCGUUCGACGGAGACUCCCUUGGAAGGCAGCUGCGACAGUCCAAGGAGAAGUUGCCGAAGCUGCCCGACGACCAGAAGGCGAUCCUCAGCAGGAGGGUGGGGUUGGCAGAGAUGGCGGUCAAGCUGAGCUACAAGAAGAUAGAGAGCAUGAAGGACAGUGGGUUCUUGGCCAACUGGCAGCCGUUGCAGAAGGCUGGGGCGAAGAUGACCACCAAGAUGAAGAUUGAGAGCUUGAUCAAGGCAACAGUGCUGUGGUAUGAGCCUGCUCACAAAGCGAAGCUGAUUAACGAGUUUGACCCACUUCGUCCUACGCUGAUCGGCAUUGGUGCUGGCGACGGCAAGACUGCGCAAGUGUUCAUGGAGUCGAUGUUCGGAAAGAAUUUCAUGAAGCUAAUCGAGAUGGGCGACGGUGGAGAUUUCAUCCUGAAGGACUUCCACACUACCACGACGCGCAUGUGGUCCAUGACGGAGGAUGCUGAGAUCGGCGAUGCGUGUGCCACCCUCCACGUGGAGGCGCUGAAGGUGAUUGGCGUGCUUGUGGGCGUGAUGGACACCAGCGUCACCAUGGACACGGACUUCCACACGGUUUCCGAAGUGAGGGAGUUUGAGGCGCAGGCGUGCAUCACUGAAGGGGGCCAGAGGCCAAUGAACAUCGCAGCGAUGGCUUGCAUGAAGGACAAGAGUUGGGAAACGAGGAUCACGACGAAGCUUCAGUCGAGCGAGCUCAUGAUCCAGCAUGGCCCAGCCAUCAAGAAAGGCAUCGUCGAUAUGAAGGCGUUGUCUGAUGGUCCGACCCAAGAAGCGGCAAAGGUGCUUGACAAGAUCAGCCUCGACGUGCCGUGCUGGGAGUCCGUCCUGCCCAGGGAUGCUUCGAGCGUCGCGAAGAUGGAGCUUAAGGACCAGACCCUCAAGCGAGCUCAGGUGCUGCUCGACGUGGACGCCGACGGAAAGCCGACAUGUGGCCUUGCCAAGGCCACUCGUGACCUCCGCCUGUCCGAGUAUCAAUCCGUCGUGAAGAACGUGGCCAAGUUGUUUCCAGGGGACACAGGUUUCGCACGCGCGUUGCUUGGCAUUUCGAAGGCGCUCGCCGAGAUGGACUUGUCGUCGAAGUUCGAGAUCUUGCAGGAGGCGGCGAACGGUUGGAAGGGCGACGCCGACAGCACAGUGAAGUUGAAGGACGCCGUCAACGCUUGUGCGAAAAAGGAGUUGCCGAAGGAUGCCAGGGAGUCGCUGGAGGCAUUGCUGGUCAAGCUCUAUUCCGCGGUCAAGGCAGUUGAUGGACCUGGCCCCCUACCGGCCUCAGCUUCUCCUGAGCACCAUCGCGCCACCGCCAUGGCGAUCUGCGCCGAGAAGGUGGGACAUAUUAAGUUCGUCCACGUGGCGGAGCUGCUCAGCUCUUCGUCGAGGCUCGUCGGACUUGCGAAGAAGCUAGAGGACGACGUCCAGCAGCAGACCGCAAACGUGGAGAAGGCGCUGCGGGAGGCCCACCGAUGCCUUCAGAAAAACUGGCAGGACAUGACCGUCAUGGCACCGUACUGGGACGAUGGCGACACGAUCGUGAAGGACAAGGCUAGCCAAAGUCACAAGGAUGCCAAGGCCGUGACUGAGAAGGCGGGGGCCCUCGCACGACAGCCGCACUUGGACUCCGCCAGCUCCAUGACAGCGAAGUUGCGCAAGGAGAUCGAGGAGCACCCGUCCACAGAGCAGUGGCUGGAGGCCAUGAAGACAUGCACCACCACCGACGAGCUCAAGGCAGAGUUCCCCAAGGCCUUCCAGGCGGCGCCUGUGCACGCGUGGAAGAGCAUCGCCGACGACAUCCACAAUGAGGUUGACGCUGCGCAGAAGAAGACGAAGGAUUUCGAUCUAGCGCCGAUCGACGACGUGAUCAAGACAUUCAAUGAGGUGAAGGGUCAGGCCCGAGCGUGCUUCAUCACGCACUCGCUGAUGACGAACGUGACCGACCCGAGCCUUCUGCGCAACCUGAUGGAGAUGAGGAAUAAGAUGCGUGAGAUUCAGACGAUGCUGCGCGAGUGGGAGAUAACGCCAGACCAGAUCAAGAACAAUGCAUUGUUCGAGAGCUACACGAACGCGCUCAAGAUGAAGCCUACGUAG